CGUUAUUCUUGUUGUUAUUAACGGCAUGGCGGUUUCCUAAAACUCAUGGACACCACUGCUGCCUCACCCUCUCUCUCUGCUCCGUCUUUCUCUCCUUAUCUCUCUUUUUUUUCUCACAGAUAAUCUAUAUAUUUAUAUCUAAACAUUACACACACACACACACACCUCUAUUUAUAUAUAUUUAUUACAUACAAUUCGCCUUAAUUUAAGAAGGAAAAACAGAACAGAACAAAAAAUAUAUAAGGGGAAAAAGAAACCGACAUCCAUCCCUGUGAAAAGAGACAAGCAAAGACAAUUUAAUUUCGCUGUGGCUGGCCAAAAUCUCUCUUGUUUUUCUCUCUCAGCCAUCGGCGUACCGAAGCCUCGUUUCUGGCAGCCAUCUGGUGACAUUCCUUCUUUAGUAAUGGUUAUUACAAAUUUCUUCACCUUCACCUUAGACAUUCCAUUCAAUGUUGGCACAUAAUAGUUGAGAGCUGAACACUGGUCACUGUGGUAGUCAGAAAAUAUGAAGAACAUCACAGAUUUUGUCUUCCGAAGGCAAGUUGGACUGAAAGAUGUUCAGUCAUACAUCAAAUUUGUUGAGAGCCUUCUGGAAUACAAAGCUACCACACCACAUGCUAAUGAGCCAUGUGAACUAUCUGGUCACUGCCGAGCUACAUUUCUCAUGGAUUUCAGUCCUGAUGGCUCAAGAAUGGCUUCUUCUCAUGGUGACCACUCUGUGCGCAUUACUGAUAUCGUAACACGGAAGUGCACGCACAUCUUGCAGGGCCAUCCGAGAACGCCAUGGUGUCUAGCAUUCCAUCCGUCGGCCAAUGACAUCCUGGCAUCUGGUUGUCUUGGAGGAGAGGUCAGAAUCUGGGACUUACAUGGUCGUGGCAGUGAAGUGUGGACUGCGCCACAUGGUUCUGUAAUUGCCACUUUGGCUUUUCAUCCGACAGACCAUGUGUUGGUCUUUGCCACUGCUGAUGAGAUUUACUUCUGGGACUGGAGUAAAAGCCAACCGUUUGCCUGCUGUAAGACAGCCCGUAGUUUUGAAAGAGUCAGAUGGCUCUGCUUUGAUCCGCUUGGACAUUAUCUCUACACAGGGAUUGCCAAUAACACAACCAUCCAGCCACGGAUCCAUGUAGGAAACAGGAGCUCAACUGGACUCCGUUCAGAUUUGAGAAGCAGACGGCGCCAAAUUCAAGAACGUUAUCAGGAAGUCCUGCGCCAGUAUCAAAAUUAUGAAAGAUCCCAGAGUGAAAUCCCCAGCACUCUUGACUCUAGUAUUCCUACUUCCAUGGGCCUUGAUGAUGAACUGUUGCCAUAUGUCAGUUUGAUAGCACCACAGUCUCCGGUCCAUGAAGACAACCUUCGCUAUGCACGUCAGUAUGCUGCUGAGAUUUCCGAAGUAGUCCGUGGUGCCCUGGACGAUGCUCGCCUUUCCAUUCAAAACCUACAGGACAGACCACGCAGGCGUCAAGAUUUCAUCGGUGGUUCCUAUCACUCUGCUUUCUACAACCCAACAAGAUCUGCUGUUUCUGCUGCUGCUGCCGCCGCUGCUUCAACUGCUGUUCCUUCGACAUCAUCAUCUGUAAAUUUUUCCACUCCAGUAUCUGACUACGAUUUGAACCUCAGUCCAACUGACUCGUCCCUGCAGAGUGAUAAUAACUAUUCUAGCAGUCAAAGACAGCCAAUGAGGAGGUCCAGCCUUUUGAAUUCCUUGCCCAGUACAGUAUUGACCAAUUCCAGUCCUGCUGACCAAUCCUUUGACAGUCACCGGCUUGGCCAGCUAGGUAGAAGUAGCAGUAGUAGUAGUAAUAAUAAUAAUAACACCACUAGUAAUACAGAUUCUAGGUUAACAAACUCAGACACUGUAAAUAAACAAGUCUCUUCUGAUUUUUCCCGUCCCUCUAGGUUGCUGGCAUGGAGGCCACUUCCUCAACCUUUCCGACGGCGCCUGUUAUACAAGCACUCAAAUAACGGAGGCGGUGACACUGAUUUGCCCAUGCCUUGGAUGAUGAGACCCUCCACAGCUUCUUCUCUGUCUGCUAGCAGCAGCAGCAGUGGUAACGGCUGCGGCACCAGUCGUGGUCCAAAUACAAAAAAUCAGUCGACCGGUUCGAGCACCUCUACACUUAGUAACUUAUCCUCAUCAGUAUUGAACAGUCACCAUUUGAACAGUUCUUUCCCAGAUCCCGGUUCAAGCCCUGGGUGUAACGGUGAAUCUACUGAAAACUUUAAGUCUUCUCCCUCCCCUUCCUCUUCCACUUCUUUCUCUUCUUCCGGUUCCUCUGCUUCUUUUUCUUCGUCAUUUUCUACUGAGGAUAUUUCCAAAAACAACAGUACCGUUUCUACCCCUGUCAGUUCUGAAAACAUAUUUCCUUUUGUGACUUCCAUCUCUGCUGCUUCUGCUGCCGCCGCUGCUGAUACUUCACCAUCUUCAGCUAGAUUGUUGUCUUCUGCCAGUUCUUCACCGGCAUCAUCAUCACAUGGGUCAUCAAUCUUAAAGAAAGACUUCUACUCUACCCUCGCCCCUCGCCCUCUUUCUAAUUCUACCAGUAUUCACUCAGAAACAAACGAUCUCUUUGCCUCAAACAAUAAUGACCAACGUAACUUGAAUUCGGUACCUAAUUCUUUAGAAGAUACAAAAUACUAUUCUCUAGUUAAUAAUAAGAAUAAUAGUAGUAGUAGUAGAAUUAGCACUAAUAAUGAUAAUAAACAUAAUACUGAUGAAGCCUGUUCAGAAUCAAUGCCAUUAUUAUCUUUCUGUCCAAAAUGUAAGUUAGUGUCUCAUAGGAACCAGUCUAAAAGAAAUAAGGAUUCUUCAGAUAGGAAAGUAUCCAGAUUUUCUGAAUACUUCAGUAAAACUUGUAGCUGUUCAGCUUCAGUUGAUUCUGAUGUCGGUUCAACUAGUAAAAAAUCUUUAGUUUCUGACAAACUCUCAUCGGAUCUUGCUGUCUGUUCCAGCACCAAUGGCCAUAAUGGAGUCUAUUCCGAGAAAUCAUUUUCUUCUCUCGCUUCUACUUCUAAUUACACCCCUACUUCAUCCUCUUCUCAUUCUGCUAGUGUUGCCGAUUACAAAUGGUCGACUGGUCUCACUUAUGGUUCUGACAAAUCAACUAAAACCUCUCUUCUCCGCCUUAAUCAGAAAUCCUCUUAUGGUAAGAAUAAAAACGUUACCUGCAAUUCCUCGUCUUCCUUCAGAAAAUUCCCCAAGACUUUCCCUGCAGCCAGUCUGACCUCUUCGGAUACUCCUAUAAUGACACAGGAUAUCAAGAAUUCAGACACCACUGUACCAUUAUCCCAGGUAUCUCUUCCUGGCAAGAACUCUUCUGUCUGGUCACGGAAACACUCUUUUAAUCAGUACACUGACUCAGUUAAGAAAAACCUUCUCUUCAAUUUAACUAAUUCUCUGAAACGACCCUUCUCGUCUUCUACCGAUGAAGACAGCCACGUUAAAAUGAAGUUUCCUCGCAGUGACCAGUCUCAGUCCUCUUACAACUCCAAUUCCACAGAUCUCAAUGGUACCAGCACCAGUGGCAGUAAUACUCACUUAAAUUCGUCUUUUACUCCAGUCUCUCCUUCUCCUUCUCCCGUAUCAUCUGCUGAACAUUCGGAAUUACUCUUUCCAGAAAUUCAGAACAACAAUCCGGCCUCUUCAGCUUUCAACAUUGCAGAUGCUGGAUUGAGCCGUGCCAGUACCUCCAUGGCAGCAUCGGUUCUGAAGACUCCCCCCAUAGCAAGCACCAGUGUCUCCAUGAGAUUAACACCGAAUGUAGAGUGCGUCUCCCAAAACAACAACUGUGAUGAAAUAGAUACUGACAGCAGUAACAGCUUUAUCCCUUCUCCUUCAACCACUCUCAACAACACUAAUUGUAAUAACGAUAAUAAUAAUAAUAAUAAUAAUAAUAAUAAUAAUGAUAAUAAUAAUAAUAACAAUAAUAGUAAAAACAACAAUAAGUACCAUAAUAGUGAACUUUUUGAAAUGCAGUCUUGCCCCACUACAACUUCAGGCAGAAUGCCCUCAAUGUCUCCAUUUAGGUCCAUUAGCAUGAAUAACAGCUUGCCUCAGAACCUAUCGGAACGGUUGGAUGCCUGUAAAAUGAACUUACAAAUCCUUGAGACUCUGAGUUCAACAUACAGGCAAGAUGCUGCUAACAGUGUCUCUCCAUCUAUCCCUGCUACAUUCACACUUCAGACAAACAACCGAAUCUCUCCACCCCCGCCUUUGCCUGACCACAUUCCUAUUUCAUGUCCCGAGACGAGCAGGAGUAGUAAUUUACCGACUAACCUUUUACCGUCUUUUUCGAAAAGCUCUUCUUCUAAGUCCGAAGCUUCUACCAGCAUCAUUUCUGAAUCUCCAGUAGCAUCGACAUCUGGCCAACCUGUCCCCAGUACCAGUUCAUGUAGUGAUAAUCCUCUUCUGCCUGCUCAGAAGAAGGAGGAAAAUUCCGAAAGUAGUAAUUCUAGCAGCACAGCCAAACCAUGUUUGCGACAGGCUGGAGCACUUAAAUCAGCUUUCCAUUCAAUUUGUCGAGCCCUGAGUAUUACUGGUACUACACAGACGGCAACUGAAGCAAUAUACACAUCGCAACACUCCAGCACAGCGAUAGGUCAUAGAAGUAGUUUAUCUGUUUCAACAACAACAAUCACCACAAAACCUUUGUGUUCAGUGAGCUCUAGUGUUGGCAAUGAAGGGAAGGGUUCUAAAAGACCACGUUUUGAAGCAAACAAGCGAUUAGAUCUCCCUCAGAAGUCUCCUGUCCCCACCAUUAGUAGUUCCACUACAGUGUCCACUGAUGUUAAUUGUACUACCACUACUACUGCACUGUCUUCGCAUCAAUCCUCUGAAACUGUCUCUGUUACUAAUAGUAUUCCGACAUCUGUAUCUUGUGCCACAAGUAGCCAACAUACACCCUGUGCCACGCCUAUUUAUUCUUCCUCCACAUCACAUAGUUCUUCCCUAAAAGACUCUUGUAAUUAUUUUCCCCUCCUUCCUUUAACGUCAUCAACUUCUCUGCCCCCUCAUUCACCGAGCUCAAAUUUGCCCAGAUCUACAGAUGAUUCCAGAUCUUUUUCUUCUUCUUCUGCCUUCUCUUGCAGUUCUUCUCAAGCAGCUCAGUCAACAUAUUCCAGCUCUUCGCUGUGUCCUUCGUCAGUUUCCACAUCCUCUCUGUCUUCACCGCUUGCCUCUGCCACUAGAAUUUCUCCAGAAAAAUACAAAUCUAGUUCUAAAAGAUGCCCUGAACAUAGUUCUGUCAAAAGCUCUCAUUCUGCUGCUGCUGCUGCUGCUGGCGCUGGUAAUUAUAGCAAUAAUCAUGGUUUUGAUUCUAACAAAGUGCCACAUGAACAACAGCAUUAUGAGUCGAGUACCUCAACAGAGUCAGAGAGUCUCUUACAUUCUCCAGAAGAAAACUUGAAUUCUUCAAGUGGUCAUUAUUCAGCUGCCAGUGGUUCGAGUUCUUCUCUGGACAGUAAUGAUGUCUCCAUACAAUCAACAUCUAAUUCAGGGACUUCACGAAAGAGUCAUCGGCCCACAAAAUCCUCUCGUUUGAGAUUACAUAACCCUGUCCCCUCUACUAGUAGUGUAUGUUCUACUCAUCCUAAUCAAGGUUCUGGUCGUACGACUAGAGAAAAUAAUUUCAAUAAGUCAUUAGGUCAGUGUCAUAAGGACAGUGUUGAGCCCCAGCCCACACAUUCCACGACCCACACUGGUCAGACAUCACAACAUCUGCCCUUUGACCCAAGCUAUGCUCCCAAUCAAUAUUCCAUACCUGAUUCUAAUCCAAACCUGUCUUUACUCAACUGGGAAGACGUGGAUUCUUCCAGAGUGUACCCUGCUGAUUUGGAUUCUUCAGACAACCUGUCUACAUCUUCAAAUAUUUAUGAUCUCCCACCUUAUGAAGAAUCCAAUCAUCAAAACAGACGGAGUUUCUCGCAGUAUCCAGAGAGGCCAGAGCUACUGCCCUCUGCUCACAGCAUUAGCCGUCCAGAAAACCCUCAAGGUGUUGACCUCUCCAACAGUGAAAGUUUACCAGUUAACAUUAACGAUAAUCCAGGUGCUGCGACUAAUGAGGCCUUUGAUACACUGUGUGCAGUUGCAUCAGCUACCUGUGAUAUAACUGAAGUGACUGCACGUCUGCAUCAAGAACUGGAUGAGCUAGAUCGACGCAUGGCAUCAUUACAACAGCGCUGUGCUGCACGUUUGGCCAGAGUGCAAGUGCCGUCGCGGGAAGUCGUGAAUCUAGAGAGGUGGAGUGCAAACCACAAUGUUGAUGAGUUUGUGUGCAGUGUGCGCAACACUUUAGAUGGAAUUGCUCAGUUGCGGCGUCAUGAGCGUCUUAUGCAUAUGCAGCAGUUGGUUUCAUUGCCUGGAGGCAUGACUAGCAGUACCAGUUUUGGUGGAAGUAGAUUAGAUGAGUCGGCCCGGUUAUCAACGGAGGCUCGUGAGGAGAUAUCUCGUAACUUACAGCGAGAAGUCAAUACUCAAACCAAAUUACUGCGACUCCAAGAACGUAUCUUGCAACGUUUACGCCAGCGUCAAAUCCAUCAUCAUUAUGUGAACACAGGCAGUUUAGAAGAUGCUUCAUCACGCCCAAGUGAUACUCUUCAGGCUGCUAUUAAUAGGGCUAUUGCAGGUGCUUUCUUGGGAAGAGGUGAAAUUGCUGUUGCAACUAAUAUUAUCAACUUGACACAUCGCAUCCAACGGUGGGACUUCAAGAAACUAGAACUCCCUGACCUUACUUACAUCAGUGACAAUGUGAUAGUUCCACAUUGUAAACUACACAACGGUGCUAGCUGUGAUAUAUCCCAAGAUGGUUCUUUACUGGCAACAUUUGUGCCAACACAUCGAGGAUUCCCUGAUGACACUGUCUUAGCCAUCUACUCCCUGCAAGAAGAUUCUCUUGGACAGUGCUUGUUCACCAAGGGUUUUGGUCCAAAUGUUAUAUCUGUGAGUAUCUCUCCCAAGAACCACUAUGUCUUAGUGGGUUUAGCAGCCAAGCGCAUCUCUUGGGUUUUUACUACAAAUCAGAUGGUAGCACAGAUUUACCAGUUGAGUCAAGAAUUUGCUGGGGAGCAGUCAAUGAAGCAUGUUAGUGACAUCACACAUUAUGUCGAUGCCGAUACCAGAACUCACGUCAGUGUGAAUUCAGCCAAGUGGUUGCCUCAAGUUGGAGCUGGACUAGUAUACGGCACGAAUCGUGGUAAUUUACACAUCUGCUGGCCUGGGUUCAAACCAGUGAAAAAGGAGAAUCCACCUGAAAGAGAAGUGGUAGCAGGAGGGGAAGAAGAAGAAUGGAAUACUUUGAACCAAGCACAAUCCCUUCGACGGAACCUGUAUCGGAUGCAGCACAUUCGUCGAAAUUUGAUUAAUAUGCCAAGUGUUGGGCAAAGAUUACCACACACGACCAGCACAGCAACGCAAACAUCUCACAGGCAGGUACAGCGCAGCGCUGGUACACAAACAGAUGGUUCUGAAGAAGAAGAUAUUUGGGACAGUGAUUAAAGACUUCUUACAGAGAAAAAAAAAAAA